CACACACGGCUCGCAGGGAAAGUAUCGCGAGAGCGGCCGGCCAACAACCUGCUCCGCAGCACCGCCGCGCCCGCGCCGCGGCCGCGCAGGGCGCACAUGCCCACGCCGCGCCCGCCGGUUAUGAAGGAAGAAUGGAGUUUCCAGACCAUAGCCGCCAGUUGCUGCAGUGUCUGAGUCAGCAGCGUCACCAGGGCUUCCUGUGUGACUGUACUGUUUUAGUUGGAGAAGCUCAAUUCAGAGCUCACAGAGCCGUUCUUGCCUCUUGCAGUAUGUACUUCCAUCUUUUCUACAGGGACCAGUUAGACAAAAGGGAUAUUGUGCAUCUGAACAGUGACAUUGUCACAGCCCCUGCCUUCAGCCUGCUGCUCGAAUUCAUGUACGAGGGAAAGCUGGAAUUCAGCAGCCUCCCGGUCGAGGAUGUGCUGGCUGCGGCGAGCUACCUUCACAUGUAUGACAUUGUGAAAGUCUGCAAGGGCAAGUUGAAAGAUAAAGAAUUGUGCCCGGACGAGAAGAUGAGUGACGAGGUGGCCGCUCUGGAGAAAGCGGAGCAUUUCCUGGACGCCGGAGCGCCCCUGGCCCGCGAGUUCGACCCGGGGAGCAAGCCGAAAUUCGGCGCCGCCGAAUACGAUAGAGCGGCAGGCAAAGAAAAGGUCAGCAGUCACCCCGCCUGGUCCUCCGACCAUCUAAGUGUCAGCUCUGCGCCGGCAGAGGCAGAACCGUGCGCCGCAGCAGCUGGAAAAACAAAGGCUAAUGUCAAUAGUUCCGCAGGACCUUUGUCCCAAAGGUCUGUUAACCAUCGCCUGGCUCCGAGCGAUGGGGACUGUGCUCUGGAUUUGUCUUUCAAGCCCGUGCCUGGGAGAGAUUCCUUACACCCCUCCUAUGUCUUUGGACAGCUGGCUUCCGACAGCCAGCAGCAGGGUACCGAGCCACUUGUUAAAGAUGAACAAGACUUGCUGUCAGAUCAGGAGGACGGCGAAGCCAGGAGUCCGGAGAGUCAGCAUUUUGGGAAUUCAGCCAAGAGCCUGGUGACAGGGUUAGGACACAUGUUCGCGGGGAAUGGCAGUUCUCACGCGCGGGAGGAGGAUAUCGAUCAAGAGCGCGACGAGAGCGAGGACGACAUGGACGCGUCGGACAUCUCCUCCUCGGGUGUGCUCGUGCCGCCGGGGCACAUCUGCAUUUGCCCGCUCUGCAGCAAGGUGUUCCCCAGCCCGCACAUCCUGCAGCUGCACCUCAGCUCCCACUUCCGCGACAAGGACGGCGCCCGGACCAGGCUCUCGCCCGACGGCUCGGUGCCCACCUGCACGCUCUGCGGGAAGACUUUCUCCUGCAUGUACACCUUAAAGAGACACGAAAGGACCCACUCGGGCGAGAAGCCCUACACCUGCGGCCAGUGCGGGAAGAGCUUCCAGUACUCGCACAACCUCAGCCGCCACGCGGUGGUGCACACCAGGGAGAAGCCCCACGGGUGCAAGUGGUGCGAGAGACGGUUCACGCAGUCGGGGGAUUUAUACAGACAUAUCCGUAAAUUUCAUUGUGGCCUUGUGAAGUCCUUGGUUGUCUGAGACGCGCUCUUACUAACUUGUCUCUUACUCUGCAUUGUGUUUUUCUCCACCCCUUUUAAGACAGGGAAAAAAGGCAGCAUCUUUUUUUUUUUUUUUUUUUUUUUUUUUUUUUUUUUCCCCCCCCCCUUCUCCUCUCCCUCUUCUUUUUUUCCUUCAUUUAUUUUGGUGAUAUUCACUUCAGGUAUAUGAUCUUUAAAAGAUGCAGAGGUAUACACUCCAGAGGCCUUUUAAUGCAAUCCUUCCACCUCUCCAUCCCCCCUGCCCUCUCCCCCUUCCCGGCCCUGUCCUUUAGGUCGUUUCUCGUGCACCCAUGUUGCAUUAUUAAUGUGAAAUGAUCUAAGUAAUUCUGCGAUGAUUUAGCUUCUGUUUUCGCACUGAAACUUCUCGCUUUGCGGUCAGGGUUUCUUUCUCUUUUUUGGUAGUUGGAAAAAAGAUCGAUUACAAGUAAAUCCUGGAGAAAUACUUGGAUUCCCUCCCCUAGUGCCAUCUGCAUAUUGCAUACAAACAUUCAGAGAGAUGGACUAUAUUUUAAAUACAUUUCAGUAUAGAGAAACUUGUCUGCAUAACCCUGAGUAACAGGCUGUACUCUUCUUUUAUAGAACUAGAAGAGACCUUAAAUUGGCCAAAAUUACAAAGGGGGUUGAGAAUUCCUGGCUAUGUUUUCAGUACUGGUCUUUUAUUUUUCAUUCUCUUUUUUUAAAAUUCUUUUUAUUAUAUUGGAAUAGUUUGCAAUCAGUCCUAAAAUCUGAAUGAAGGUUUUUGCCUAAAGAUGAAUUUUCCAUCUGAGUGUACUUAAAUUUUCCUCUCCCACCCAUCCUCCUCCGCAGACGAAGCUACUGAAAAGCUCCGAACUGCUUUUGAACUUCAAACGUGGAUAGAAAUACUUCUGUCCGCAGCGUAUUCACUCCAUAAACGUUGAAGGACAUGCGCUAGUAUGUAGGAAAAAUCGUAUGAUCUGUGAAUAUUUUCAUUCCCA